AUGCAUUGCGUUCUUUUUAUAAGAGUGCAAUUUCGAAUUCUCUGCGAAUAAUAUCAGCUUCUAAAUCAAUUAAUAAUUUUAAGCAUAAAUAAGAAAUUAUCAUUUGAGAACCAAUUAAAGAAAUUUUAUAAGUUUCUUCAAAAUAAGAGAAUGCUGCUCAAACGACAUGGUGCUGUAUAUUACAAGGAGUAAAAGUGACAUUAUAUUUUGUCUUCAACAAAAUCUGCUAAGUAGAGAACAAUUUAUAAAUUAUUUGUUUCAAUAGCAUAUGAUAUUGAUAAUUUAGAUUGUAAUUUGAAGAUACAAAAUAUCGAUGUUAAUAUAGUGAAUAGACUAACUUUCAAAUCUAAUUCAGGUGCUUAAUUUGUCCAAGAUUAUCCUUUGAAUGGUUAAAUUGUGUGUUCUUUAGAAGUGGUUAAUACUAAAACGCCAGGAUUUCUUCUCACACCUUCAACAACAUGA